ACUUCGUGCUCCGAGUCCCCUCCACUUUGUGCCGCACCCCUUGUGUCGUCACCUGAAUCGGGAAUUGUCCGCCUUAGGGUAGAAACCAAGCACCUGUUACAAUGGCACCCAAGAAGGACGCUAAGGCCCCCGCCAAGAAGGCCGAGCCCGCCAAGAAGGCCGAGCCUGCACCGGCACCGGCACCCGAACCAGCACCCGCACCUGCCGCCCCCCCCGCGGUGGACCUGUCCGCCGUCAAGGUUGAGUUCACCCCAGACCAGUUGGAGGACUACAAGGAGGCCUUCGGUCUCUUUGACAGGGUGGGUGACGCCAAGGUGGCCUACAACCAGAUCGCUGACAUCAUGCGCGCCCUGGGACAGAACCCCACCAACAAGGAGGUGAAAACCAUCCUGGGAAACCCCUCUGCUGACGACAUGGCCAACAAGAGAAUAGAGUUCGAGGCUUUCCUGCCCAUGCUCCAGACCAUCGUCAACAGCCCAAACAAGGGAACGUUCGACGACUACGUUGAGGGUCUGCGUGUCUUUGACAAGGAGGGCAACGGCACAGUGAUGGGCGCCGAGCUGCGUAUCGUCCUGUCAACACUGGGAGAGAAGAUGACUGAAGCUGAGAUCGAUGCUCUCAUGCAGGGUCAGGAGGAUGAGAACGGCUGUGUCAACUAUGAGGCUUUUGUCAAGCACAUCAUGUCUGUGUAAGGAAGCUGCUGCCACUGUGCUGAGCACCGGAUCUGUGCAGACCCCAUGGUGUCGAGACAUCCACUCACUGUUUCCUGCCCCACCCGGGGAAACAAAGGACUAUGAGAUGACAUUUCUAAACCCAUCUCUCGUUUUGUUUUAUUUUUUUUUCUUCCUUCUCUUUUGUUCAACCGGUGGUCUCCGUCUCUCCUCCUCUGUUGGAAGCCGUCAUCUUCUCCACUCAACGUCUCCUUGCUCUUCACACGCCAGCCCUGUCUCAUUGGGCCUUUCUCAUCUUUGGUCUUCCCAGUGGAACAGUGAGAGAGGGGAGGAUGGGAUGGACCAUCUCCUCCCAUCACCACCGCCCUGGCUGCCUCAGUUAAAGUGACUGGCUUGGCCCGGGAAUGGCCAUCAAAACGAAUCCCCUCCUUUACCUAGUCGCCCCGAGUCUUAAGUUAUUGUACCGUCCUCCCUAAUUUCACAAUAAACUUUUCAGAAACUCCCAA